AUGGCUGCUCAGGGGGCGGCGCUGCAGUCUUCGAACGCAGAGUUGGUCAAGUGCAUAGAGGAUCUUCGUGAGAAGCGUGAAGGCAUGCUGAAGCAGAUUGCAGACGAGGAGUCUGAGAAGAUGAAGAUUCAAGUGGAGCUGCAGCAGCUGACAAAAAGGCUGGCAGCCAUCAAUGAAUCCCUAGCACGCAAGCUGGAUACCAAGAAUGAGUAUGACAAGGUGAUCCAGGAGACGGAGGCGGCCUACCUCAAGAUCCUGGAGAGCAGCCAGACGCUGCUCACGGUGCUCAAGCGGGAGAGCGUCAGCAUGACUAAGAGGAGGUAG